AUGAAGCAUACCAAUCAAAGGCUAGAGAAGGUUGAGAAUGAUGUGCAUAGCAUGACAGUACAUAUGAAGAGCCUAGAGAUGCAGAUGAGUCAGAUUGCUCAAGCUGUAAGCAGUCAGCAUAAGCCAGGGCAGUUCCCGGGACAACCAAAUGUAAACCCCAAGGAUUGCAAGGCAAUCUACUUAAGGAGUGUGACAAGUUAUGAGAGUCCUCCUAUGCCCGAGGUGGAAGCUAAGAAAGUACCCGAAGAGAAAGAAGAAGAGGAGAUUGAAGUGGAAUCAUCUCUUUUGCAAUCCAAGGUUCAACCCGAGGCAAUUGCUCCGCCCAUGCCAAAAGAGAGAAUGCACCUCAAUAUUCCUCUUAUUGAGGCUCUCCAACAAAUGCCCGGCUACCUCAAGUUUUUGAAAGAGAUUAUGUCCAAGAAUAAGAGGUUGGUUGAUUAUGAGACCGUGAAUUUGACCGAGAAUUGUAGUGCAAUCAUCCAACAAAAGAUGCCGGCGAAGAUGAAAGAUCCGGGGAGUUUCAACAUUUCUUGUGUGAUCGGGAAUGAUAGGCAAACUAAGGCCUUGUGUGACUUGGGAGCAAGCAUAAAUCUCAUGCCUUUAAGCUUCUUCUGA